AUGACUGUCGAAGCCAUCGUCUUCAAAGGCUCGCAAAACGGAAUUGUUCAAGGCAGGACUGUUCUGGAAACACCGACAGGUACUCAAGUACUGGUUCGAGUAACGCAUUCCGGGAUCUGCGGUACGGACGAGCACCACAAACACGAUGAUAUGGUCCUUGGCCACGAGGGUGUUGGGAUUGUCGAGCAGACUGGCGAAAGUGUCCUUGACCUCGUCAUUGGGGAUGUGGUAGGCUGGGGCUACAUCCACAAAACUUGCGGUCGUUGUGAACACUGUCUCAAAGGACAAGACAAUUACUGUCGCGCCGGCGCUGAGAUGUAUGGCCGCAGCAACUUGCACCAAGGCUCCUUCGGCUCGCACGCAGUCUGGGACGAGUCCUACCUGUUCAAAGUCCCUGCUGGUCUUGCGCCAGAAUAUGCUGCUCCUCUAAUGUGUGGUGGCGCAACUGUCUUCCAAGUUAUUGAAGAAUUCAACAUACGACCUACCGAUCGAGUUGGAGUGAUUGCUCUUGGUGGUCUGGGACAUAUGGCUGUUCAAUUCUUGGCCAAGAUGGGAGCAGAGGUGGUGGUCUUUUCAAGUACGGAUUCUAAACGUCAAGAAGCGUUCCAUCUGGGAGCCAAGGAGUUCUAUGCGACCAAAAGUGUUGAGAGGUUCGAAGGCGCUAAAUCGCUCGACCAUCUCCUCGUUACAACCAGCUUCAUUCCUGACUGGACACCCUUCCUUUCUAUCAUAAAGCCGAAAGGCUCGAUCUACCUACUCACUUUUGACACAUCCAACCUCAUAUUUCCAAUGUUGUCGAUUCUCGUGGGCGGACUGACCAUUCAAGGGUCUGUGGUAGCAAGCCGCGCUAUUCACAAACGUAUGCUGGAAUUUGCGGCACGCAAUGAGAUCAAACCAGUGAUUCAGACGUUCCCUCUGAACAAGACCGGAGUUGAGGAGGGAAUGCGGCUAUUGCGGGAGGGCGAACCCAUGCAUCUCUACAACCUCACCCUCCAGUCCCCAUCAGCCGGUUCCCAUGCAAUUGUCGGGAAUUUCUCUGGGGCGCGCCAGCAGGAAAUCAUCCUUUCUCAUGGGACGCGUCUCGAGUUGUUGCGACCAGAUGUUCAGACAGGAAAGGUCGCCACUGUCAUCGCGACGGACGUAUUUGGCUCUAUAAGGUCGCUGGCUGCAUUUAGGUUGACGGGCGGGACGAAGGACUACGCAAUAGUGGGGUCUGACUCGGGCCGUAUCGUUAUACUCGACUACGACCCCAAAACGAGCAGCUUUGUGAAACUGCACCAAGAAACUUUUGGGAAGUCGGGAGCAAGGAGAAUCGUGCCUGGCCAAUAUCUGGCGACUGACCCAAAGGGACGCGCUGUCAUGAUUUCGGCAAUGGAAAAGGCCAAGCUGGUGUAUAUUCUGAACCGCGACGCUGCCGCCAACUUGACUAUUUCGUCUCCUCUCGAGGCGCACAAAGCCAACACGAUUGUCCACCACAUCGUUGGUCUCGAUGUUGGUUUUGAAAAUCCAAUGUUUGCGGCACUGGAAGUUGAUUACACCGAGGCGGACCAGGAUCAUACUGGACAAGCAGCAAAAGACACAGAAAAGAUGCUGACAUACUACGAACUCGACCUGGGGCUUAACCACGUUGUCCGUAAAUGGAGCGAACCGACAGAUAGACGUGCAAAUCUGCUCGUUCAAGUUCCUGGUGGCCAGGUCGCAACCUCCGACCGUUUCGAUGGCCCAUCUGGUGUUCUAGUUUGCUGUGAAGACCACAUCAUCUAUCGCCACAUGGACUCGCGUCAGCACCGUGUGCCGAUUCCCCGACGAAAGCAUCCUCUUGAAGAUCCCAACCGAACUUUAAUCAUCGUCACCGCCGUCAUGCAUAAAAUGCGGGGCGCCUUUUUCUUCUUGUUGCAAAGCGAAGAUGGAGAUCUGUACAAAGUUACGAUUGAGCACGAAGAGGAGGAAGUCCGUGCUUUGAAGAUAAAGUAUUUUGACACCAUACCUGUUGCAUCCUCGUUGUGCAUUCUGAAAUCCGGUUUCCUCUUUGUGGCGUCUGAGUUUGGAAACCAUUAUCUGUAUCAGUUCCAAAAACUGGGCGACGACGACAAUGAACCCGAAUAUAGCUCCACGUCUUAUCCAUCGUUUGGCAUGGCUAAUCCAAAUUUCCCUUUACCCCAAGCCUUCUUCCAACCAAGACCCCUCGAGAACCUUGUCGUUGCCGAUGAAUUGGAAUCCCUCAACCCAAUUAUCGCUUCACAGGUAUUAAAUGUGUUGCCCAACUCGGAUUCUCCUCAAAUCUUCGCCGCUUGUGGCAAAGGUGCCAAGAGCUCGUUACGCACACUGCGUCACGGAUUAGAGGUUGAGGAAUCCGUCAGUUCUGAGCUUCCUGGUAUUCCAAACGCCGUUUGGACUAUCAAACGGCAGGAAGACGACGAGUACGAUUCCUAUAUCAUUCUCUCCUUCGUCAACGGAACCCUUGUACUGUCCAUUGGCGAGACAAUUGAAGAAGUGCAAGAUACGGGGUUCUUGUCUUCCGCCCCAACGAUUGCCGUCCAGCAAAUUGGUGCUGAUGCUCUCCUGCAGGUACACCCACACGGUAUUCGGCACGUCCUUCCAGACCGCCGUGUCAACGAGUGGCGAGUACCUCAGGGCAAAACUAUUGUCUGUGCGACAACGAACAAACGUCAGGUCGUUGUGGCGCUAAGCUCGGCCGAGUUGGUCUACUUCGAGUUAGAUUUGGAUGGCCAACUGAAUGAGUACCAAGACCGGAAAGCAAUGGGCAGUACCGUACUGGCGAUGAGCAUCGCUGAAGUUCCAGAAGGCCGACAGCGGACUCCGUUCUUGGCCGUCGGUUGUGAGGAUCAAACUGUUCGCAUCGUAUCUCUUGACCCAGACACUACUUUGGAGGCUAUCAGCUUGCAAGCCCUGACCUCGCCUGCAUCUUCUAUUUGCAUUGCCGACAUGCUGGAUGCUAGUAUUAACAAAACGCAGCCAACAAUGUUCGUCAAUAUCGGACUGCAGAAUGGCGUGUUGUUGCGGACUGUUUUGGAUCCAACCAACGGUCAGCUAACCGACACUCGCACACGUUUUCUGGGAACUCGACCUAUACGCCUAGUUCGAGUCCAAAUUCAACGCAACCCAGGCAUUCUGGCUCUUUCCUCUCGGUCGUGGUUGAACUACACUUAUCAAAACCUGAUGCACUUCUCGCCGCUCAUCUUCGAGAACUUCGACUAUGCUUGGAGUUUCUCGGCCGAGUUGAGCCCGGAAGGUCUGAUUGGGAUUACUGGAAGCACUCUUCGAAUCUUCCAAAUAACUCGGUUGGGCAUGAAGCUCAAACAAGAUUCUAUUCCACUCUCCUAUACGCCUCGCAAAUUCAUCACCCAUCCCAACAAUCACUACUUCUACAUGAUUGAAGCGGAUCACCGGGUCCGGUCACCAGAAGCUUCAGCACAUAAGCUUGAACAACUCAAAAAGCAGGGCAAGAAAAUAGACUCGGCAUCACUGGAUCUACCUCCAGAGGUCUAUGGUCCUAUCAAAGCCCCCGCCGGAACAUGGGCUUCGUGCAUUCGGAUCAUCGACCCAAUACGAGCGGAAACCGUGUCAUGCAUAUAUCUGGAUAACAAUGAAGCGGCCUUUUCAAUUGCCAUUCUUCCUUUCGCGGCACGUGGUGGUGAAUUGCAUCUUGUGGUCGGAACCGCUGCAGAUACGAUUGUGUCGCCACGGUCAACAUCAUCUGGGUUUUUCCGCGUUUACACAUUCACCAACGGUGGAGCCGGGUUGGAGCUUUUGCACAAGACCGAAACCGACGAUGUUCCGCUCGCUUUAUUGGGAUUCCAAGGACGCCUGGCCGCGGGGGUCGGGAAAGCGUUGAGAAUCUACGAAAUUGGCAAGAAGAAGCUUUUGCGCAAAGUCGAAAACAAAACAUUUGGCUCCACUAUCGUUAGCCUGAACACGCAGGGCUCACGUCUCAUAGUGGGCGACAUGCAAGAAUCGGUGUCGUUUGUCGUGUAUAAGCCACCAGAAAACAGGUUACUCACGUUCGCGGACGAUAACCAGCCGCGAUGGGUGACGGCCGUGGCGAUGGUGGACUACAACACAGUGGCCAUCGGAGACCGCUUUGGAAAUGUCUUCAUCAACCGACUUGAUCCCAAGAUUUCGGAACAGGUGGACGAUGACCCGACUGGCGCUGGAAUCAUCCAUGAAAAGGCGCAGCUCAUGGGUGCCCCACACAAAACCAAGAUGCUAGCUCACUUCCACGUUGGCGACAUGAUUACCUCCAUCCACAAGGUUUCUAUGGUCGCCGGUGGGCGUGAAAUCCUGCUCUACACAUGCUUGCACGGGACAAUCGGCAUUCUGGUCCCUUUCGUAUCAAAAGAAGACGUUGAUCUCCUGUCGACCCUUGAACAGCAUAUGCGGACGGAGCAGAGCAGUCUUGUUGGGCGGGAGCAGCUCAGUUGGAGAGGCUACUAUGUACCCGUCAAAGCGGUCGUUGAUGGCGACCUUUGCGAGAAUUUCGCGCGGCUGCCUACAACGAAGCAGAGCGCUAUUGGCGGAGAGCUUGACCGUACGGUUGGAGAGGUACUAAAAAAGCUGGAGCAGUUACGGACAACCUCCAGUGGAUUCUAA